AUGAAGUUUAUCCUCUCCUUGCUCCUUAUGCUGUCCAGUCUUGGGGUUGCUUUGGGAGGCGACAAAACUCCCUUUGAAAACAUCGAGGAGGCGUACUUGGAAACAGAGUUGGAUGGUGCCGCGACGAACAUCUUUGCAGAUAGCAGCGACAUUGAUGCAAGGUGCUUCAGUGAAUACCUUUCUAUCUACUACUGUCUGGAUGCUCUUUCAACUUACGACUGUGUGUUUUGGGGGACCAGUGGUUGCAGUGUUUAUGUGGAUCCUGCUGGAGAGACUUCGUGCACUUGGUAUGGCAGUGCCAAUUGCGAACCGUACCUUCGUUGUUGUGGCGAGAACUACUCUUGCAGGGGAGAAUACGAGGGUUUCCUUCGUUGCGUCAGAGAAAAAAUCUUUGGUUGCAAUGGUGAUGUCUGUGCUCCGAAUGGUGGAAGGAUCGAAUCAAUAAUAACCCCUUGCUUCUCUGCCACUGCCACUGUUGAUGUCCUGGGAAAAGGCAAUGUGGAAAUGCAGGACCUUUCGCUUGUCUCCAAGAUCGGGACCGUGGAGAAGCCUGGCAUUUACGCCCCCCAGACUCCUGGUGGCAGGCUGCUUGUGAGUGGUGCCUUGGCGUCUGCCUAUCCUGCCUUGCAAGAUACUCAUGCUGAGGAGUUGACCUUGAUGGGUAUUGCAACUGGAUUGUCUCAUCAUGACAUUACCCACAUGGGAGCUGCGGUUCCACGUGUCUUGUGUGGUGGUAUCUCCUCUACCUUUUGCACCCAGUACAAUGCCAAUGGUAUGGCCUACAUCUUUGGUAUUGGAUAUGACUAUCUCAUGUGGGCCACAGACAGUGCCAAGCCCGUGUUUGUUCGACUUCUUUUGAUGGCUGCUACUGUGCCUAUUGUUCUACUCUGCGUUACCUUGGAGAUGACGGUAGGAGCUUCCAUGGGCCCCAUGGUCUUGCUCCUUGCUGCCUUCACAGGAUACUACUAUUGCUUCUACACCAAGCGCGGCCUCAGCACGGUUGUCAAGCCUAUUAUGAAUGGCGAGAAGAAGAAGGACUAG